AUUAUCACUCAAGACUCGCUUACACAAAACCAAACCCCGCUCUCGCUCUCUCUCUCGGAAUUUAGAACCUGAUCGUCUGGAUCUCUAACUCGCGCGAUCUGCAAAAAUGCCUCUCAGACUCGAAAUCAAGAGGAAACUUGCUCAAAGAUCAGAGAGAGUAAAGUCAGUCGAUCUACAUCCAACUGAACCAUGGAUUUUAGUGAGUUUGUAUUCAGGGACUGUGUGUAUCUGGAACUACCAGUCACAGACCAUGGCAAAGUCUUUUGAGGUCACUGAAUUACCAGUUAGGUCAGCCAAGUUUAUAGCACGAAAGCAGUGGGUUGUUGCUGGGGCCGAUGACAUGUAUAUUCGUGUGUACAACUACAACACAAUGGAUAAGAUAAAAGUUUUAGAGGCGCAUACAGAUUACAUUAGAUGCGUGGCUGUCCAUCCUACCCUUCCAUAUGUGUUGUCAUCAUCUGAUGACAUGCUUAUAAAACUUUGGGAUUGGGAGAAGGGUUGGGCCUGUACUCAGAUAUUUGAGGGGCAUUCUCAUUAUGUGAUGCAGGUUACUUUUAAUCCAAAAGACACCAACACUUUUGCAAGCGCAUCCCUUGAUCGCACCAUAAAGAUAUGGAAUCUUGGCUCUCCAGACCCAAAUUUCACUCUGGAUGCCCAUCAGAAAGGAGUAAAUUGUGUCGACUACUUUACUGGUGGAGAUAAACCUUAUCUAAUAACUGGUUCUGACGAUCACACUGCGAAGGUCUUCUCUGCUGUAUGUUUCCAUCCCGAACUUCCAAUAAUAAUUACAGGUUCCGAGGAUGGGACUGUUCGUAUAUGGCAUUCAACAACUUACAGGCUUGAGAACACCUUGAAUUAUGGCCUAGAAAGAGUUUGGGCUGUUGGAUACAUGAAAGGUUCACGCCGUAUUGUGAUUGGGUAUGAUGAAGGAACCAUUAUGGUCAAGAUUGGUCGAGAAGAACCUGUAGCUAGCAUGGACAAUAGUGGAAAGAUUAUAUGGGCGAAGCACAAUGAAAUUCAAACUGUGAACAUUAAGAGUGUGGGGGCAGAUUUUGAGGUCACUGAUGGUGAAAGAUUGCCUUUGGCUGUUAAGGAGUUGGGAACAUGUGAUCUUUACCCCCAAACCUUAAAGCACAAUCCCAAUGGGAGGUUUGUUGUUGUCUGCGGGGAUGGUGAGUACAUCAUAUAUACAGCUUUAGCAUGGAGAAACAGAUCAUUUGGUUCUGCACUUGAAUUCGUUUGGUCUGCUGAUGGUGAAUAUGCUGUUAGAGAAAGUACAUCAAAGAUUAAGAUUUUCAGUAAAAAUUUCCAGGAAAAGAAGAGCAUCCGGCCAACCUUUUCAGCUGAGCGUAUUCACGGAGGAACCCUGUUGGCUAUGUGCUCAAAUGAUUUCAUUUGUUUCUAUGACUGGGCUGAAUGCAGGUUGAUUAGGAGAAUUGAUGUUACUGUGAAAAAUCUCUUUUGGGCCGACAGUGGAGAUUUAGUGGCUAUUGCUAGUGAUACGUCAUUCUACAUCCUCAAAUACAAUCGUGAGAUAGUUUCAUCUUAUUUAGAUAAUGGAAAACCUGUGGAUGAACAAGGUGUUGAGGAUGCAUUUGAGCUUCUUCAUGAAACCAAUGAACGUGUCAGAACUGGCUUAUGGGUUGGGGAUUGUUUUAUUUAUAACAACUCCUCCUGGAGGCUUAAUUAUUGUGUUGGAGGCGAGGUAACCACUAUGUAUCAUCUGGACCGUCCCAUGUACUUACUAGGGUACCUUGCUAGUCAAAGUCGGGUGUAUUUGAUAGACAAAGAAUUCAAUGUCAUGGGGUACACUUUACUCCUUAGCUUAAUUGAGUACAAGACUCUGGUGAUGCGGGGAGAUCUGGAGAGGGCCAGUGAAGUUUUACCUUCAAUUCCUAAAGAACACCAUAAUAGUGUGGCUCGUUUCUUGGAAUCACGAGGCAUGAUAGAGGAUGCUCUGGAAGUAGCUACUGACCCUGAUUACAGAUUUGAGCUAGCUAUUCAGCUUGGUAGAUUAGAGGUUGCGAAGGAAAUUGCCAGUGAAGUGCAGAGUGAGUCAAAGUGGAAACAGUUGGGAGAGUUGGCCAUGUCCAGUGGAAAGUUGGAAAUGGCUGAGGAAUGCAUGAGGCAUGCAACAGACUUGAGUGGUUUGCUGCUACUAUAUUCUUCCUUAGGAGAUGCUGAAGGGAUAUCAAAGCUUGAAUCCUUGGCAAAAGAACAGGGGAAGAUAAAUGUUGCAUUCCUGUGUUUGUUCAUGUUGGGCAACGUUGAAGACUGCCUCCAGUUGUUGGUGGAAAGCAAUCGGAUACCUGAGGCUGCUUUGAUGGCACGAUCUUAUCUUCCCAGCAAGGUUUCAGAGAUUGUUGCAAUUUGGAGGAAAGACCUGAACAAGGUCAAUCCAAAAGCUGCAGAAUCUCUGGCUGAUCCUGAAGAAUAUCCAAAUUUGUUUGAUGAUUGGCAAGUUGCUUUAUCUGUCGAAUCUAGAGCUGCAGGGACAAGGGGUGUGCAUCCUCCUGCAGAGGACUACCAAUACCAUGCUGAUAAACCUCACAUCACCCUCGUGGAGGCUUUCAGAAACAUGCAAGUAGAAGAGGAGGAACCUCUUGAAAAUGGAGACUUUGAUCAUGAGGCUGAUGAACAGAAUGGAGACGAACAUAAUGCCGAGGAACAGAAUGGUGAAGAAGGGAGCCAAGAGGAAGCAGUUGUGGUGGAUGCAGAUUCCACAGAUGGUGCUGUACUUGUUAAUGGAAACGAACCUGAGGAAGAGUGGGGUACGAAUAAUGAAGAAACCCCGUCAGCCUAAAAGCAAACUGGUUGGGGCAGUGUGAAAAUCCAAAUUUUGUCUCUGUGCUUACACCACAUCACUAGGUCUUCUUUCAAGUCAAUCGGUCCAGCUGUAUUAAUCCCGUAAGGUUUCUUGCUGGAUGCUUGAAAAAAGGUUAUUAUAGGGAUCGGUUGUCUCUUUCCAGGUGGUGUGGCUAUAUAGCGCAUUGAAUUUUGUCAUGGAAGAUUUAGUAUAAAGGAUUCCUAGUUUCGUUUAUAAUUGUUGAUGUUUAGCAUAUUCUUUGAGGCCCUCAUAUUCCUGAAGUUUCUUAUUGUGAAUGUACAAAGUUGAAUUAGAGAUUGCUCUCAUCCGACUCCCUUUUGCCUCGAAUAUUAUUUAUUUGAAACCCAAUGGUAUUCUUGUUGUGUUUUGAGAA